AUGGCCAUGACUUCGAACGUUCUGUCUGCAGUACGGUCUUUUUCAACAUCUACAAGGCUAUGUAGGAUCAGCAGGAGGGAGCUUAUGGACAAGGAAAAACUUAAAAAAGAACUUAAGCAAUUCCUUGGUCCAAGAAACAUCAAAGGAGAAUACCAUAGAAACAAGUACUUUUAUGUGCCCCAGAAUCACACACCAAACUAUAUUGAAACAGAUGGUAUGCCUGUUGUUAAUGGCGAUCAGGUAGCCAGUAUAGUCCCACGCAGAUCAAGGUUUAAGACCCCAACGUAUAUUCCAAGAGACCCAAGUGUCCAUCCAUUCCCACAUAAUACACACACCAGAACCGCACAUAUUAUACCACAGGACCUAAAGGAUAGAAUAGUUGAUGAUGCCACCGUUAAAGGUUACCACCCACAAGAAAUUGCCCAUAAAUACGGUAUCAACCUCCAGAGGAUCGAAGCCAUCAUCAAAUUGCAUUCAAUUGAACAAAAUUACGAAGCACCACUGGAAUUGAAGCACCAUGUUAAACGAUUUGCAGAUAUUAUGAAACGUAUGUUCCCUGUGUUUGAGGGUGGAUACACUGCAGACAACUUGACUGAAAUCCCAACCCCACACAAGACAUUGACUGAUCGAUUCAUCACAAUUGAGAAGAAUGAGCCAUUUGGACCAGUUGAUGCUGCUAAGAUCUUGAAGUUGGAGCCUGCUGCAGAGACUUUGAAGAGUUUGACCGAGUUUAACUUGGAAGAAGCUCAAAAGAAGCAGCAAUUAGUUGAGGACAAGAAGAUCAAUGUUGUGUACGGUAAAAAGAGAGAGGCCGAUAGGGCUUUGUUCAAAUUCACGGUGAAGAAUGUUGGAGAAUUUGGUCAUCGUUAUGGUGCCUCUAGAAGAGAUAAGAAGAUUGAUAGAAGGGUUGGGUUUGAUGCUGCUGGAAGAAUGGUUUACAUGCACCCUCCUCAAUAA